AUGGAUCGUCGUCAGAAGUAUAAGAACGAGGGCAAGGAUCAAAAUGAGAUGCGUCGUCGACGCGGUGAGGUGUCUGUCGAUCUGCGUAAAAAUAAACGCGAUGAUGCAAUUAUGAAGCGACGCAAUGUGGUCGAUAUAGAUGUGAACAAAGAAGUCGAUGAGCUGCUGCCCAACUCAAUGAAUGCCAAGCUACUCGCCAUUGCUGCUUCUGAUUCCUUACAUCCGGAGGAGCAGUUGGCCGCUGUUAAGAAGGUGCGUGAAUUGAUUUCACUUGAGAAUGCGCCAGUCGAAACACUGAUAAACAACGGAAUGCUGCCCAUUCUAGUUGAGUGCAUCAAACCCUUUAAUUCGCCACAAUUGCAGCUCGAAGCUGUCUGGACAUUGACAAACAUUGCUUCAGGACCAUCUGAACUAACACAUAAAGUGGCCACCUCGGGAGCUGUGCCCAUAUUAGUUAAUCUGCUUAGUGCAGGUGACUUUAAGGUAGCCGAUCAAGCCAUUUGGGCAUUGGGCAACAUUAUUGGCGACGGGCCCGAGAAACGAGACUUUGUACUUGGCUUUGGCCUCAUUCAGCCAAUCCUUAACCUGGUAGAGGCUGAACUUCCAAUUAGUUUUGUGCGCAACAUUGCCUGGGUGAUUGGGAACAUAUCUAGAAAAUGGGAGCCCGUGGUGUCGCAACAGAUUACAAUGGAGAUUCAGCCUGCAUUGAAAGUGCUGCUCGAAUACACUGACGAUCAGGUGGUGAGGGACACAAUAUGGGCCAUCAAUAACUUUAUGCAAGACAAAGAUCGCAUUCAGAUCAUCGUCGAGAGUGGCAUUGUGCCCAAGAUCGUGAGUCUGGUCGGCAGCAACGUUGUAUCUAUAAAGUGUGCUGCCGUGAAUUGUCUUGGCAACAUUGUAACUGGAACCGAUGAGCAGACGCAAGCGGUGCUUGAUUCCAAUAUUCUAUCGUACUUUCCAACACUCUGCUUGCAUCCCGAUAUGCAACUGCGCAGGAACAUUAUGUGGUUUCUAUCGAAUAUCGUGGCUGGUACCGUGUCACAAAUACAGCAAGUUAUUGACGCCGGCCUAAUUUCACCGAUCAUUGAGAAUAUGUGCAACGGCGACUUUGCAAUCCAGCGCGAAGCCGCCUAUGCAAUCGGCAGUCUAUGCAGCAAAGGUGCACGCGAGCAAGUAAAUGUCAUCAUCCACGAUCGUGUCAUUUCGCCGUAUUGUCAUUUGUUGGUUUGCCACGAUAUAGAACUCAUUAAGUCUGUACUCAAUGGAUUGAAAGAUAUGCUGGAAAAAUCCGAACCAAAUCAGUUGGAAGUUGCCAUUUUGAUUGAAGAGUGCGGAGGACUCGAUAAAAUCGAGAGUCUGCAGAACCAUGAGAACAACGAGAUUUAUAAGUUGGCCUUCGAAUUAAUUGAGACAUACUUUGUAGAUGAUGACGAAGAAGAUUGCCUGCUACCGACUUUAAAUUCAUCACAGAUUCAGUUUGAUCCAAACGCUGGCAAUCAACCAGGCAGCAAGCCAUUCAAUUUUUAA